AUGGCAGACUACACAGAGGUUUUGCAGAACCCACCAGUUGUCAUUGACAAUGGGUCGGGCAUCAUCAAGGCUGGCUUUGCCGCCGACCAGCUCCCCAAGACAAUCCCCGCAUAUGUCGGGCGAGUGAAGCAUGAGCGCGUGAUGGCGGGCACCCUCGAAGAAGAGUUUAUUGGACAGAAGGCCAAGGAGCACCGCGGGUUGCUGAAGCUCAACUAUCCCAUGGAGCACGGUAUUGUGAACGACGAGGCCGACAUGAAGAAGAUCUGGAACCACGUCUAUCAGAAGCUGCUCAACGUGCAGCCAGAAGAGCAUCCUGUGCUGUUGACAGAGGCGCCUCUGAAUCCCCGCAGAAAUCGCGAAUGGGCAGCAGAGACGUUCUUUGAGGCGCUCGGCGUUCCCGCGCUCUUCAUCUCCAUGCAGGCCGUCCUCAGCCUGUACGCGAGCGGCAACACGACGGGUGUGGUGCUUGACUGUGGUGAUGGCGUCACGCACGCCGUGCCCGUCUACGAAGGAUUUGCUGUCAAGAAUGCAAUUCGCCGCAUCGACGUCGCAGGAAGGGACGUGACGCGGCACCUUCAGCUGCUGCUGCGGCGGGAGGGCCACAUUUUCAAGACGUCGGCCGAGUUUGAGGUGGUGCGCACCAUCAAGGAGAAGGCGUGCUUCGUGUCGGACAACGCUGAGAAGGAGGACGCACGCACAGACCGCGCCCCCACCCGCUAUCGCCUCCCUGAUGGCCGCGAGAUCAUGAUUGAGGGCGCGCGCUACAGGGCGCCCGAGGUGCUCUUCAACCCGGAGAUUAUUGGCGAGGAGUGCGAAGGUGUUCACAAGGUGCUGACGUAUUCGAUCCAGAAGUCUGAUCUGGACCUGCGCCGCGCCCUUUAUCAGGGCAUCGUCCUUUCUGGCGGCUCAACCCGCUUCGAGGGCUUUGGGCAGCGGCUGCUUAAGGAGGUGCGUGCUGAUGCGCCGAAGGACAUCAAGAUCAAGAUCAUGGCUCCGCCCGAGCGCCAAUUCUCCACCUGGCUCGGCGGGUCCAUCCUUGCGUCGCUUGACACGUUCCGGCGCAUCUGGGUGUCCAAGGCGGAAUACAGCGAGGUCGGCCCGUCCAUCAUCCACAGGAAAAUGUUCCUCUGA